GUACCCCCUCUAUGUUACUAUAAAAUCGCCACUUGUUUGGGAAGACAACAUGGCAGCCACCGGUGGACCGAGUUUACCGCAGUUGUACAGUGAACUAAAUAAAUGUAACCAGAAUGGUGAUUUUGCACGGGCACUGAAGACUACUAAUAAAAUCUUAAAACAGUUCCCAAAUGAAGCCACAGCUUUUCAUUGUAAGAUCGUCUGUCUUGUACAGCAGUCGCAGUUUGAGCAAGCGCUUAAAGAGAUCAAAGGAAACGCUAACCUUUCCAGUGGAAUAGAUUUUGAAAAGGCCUACUGCUUGUAUCGACUCAACAAGAUCGAUGAGGCUUUGAAGGUUAUUGAGAAUGUCAAGCAGCCUGGACCAAAGCUGCAAGAGCUGUUGGGACAAGUGCUGUACCGACUGGAGCGUUAUAAUGAAUGCUUGGAUGUUUACAGGAAUCUCAUUAAAAACACAUCGGAUGACUAUGAUGAUGAACGCGAAACCAAUAUGUCGGCUGUAAUAGCAGCUCUACAGCUUUGGAACAAGGAAGAAGUGAGUGACCCAGGUUUGAGGGAAGACACCUUUGAACUCUGCUACAACAAAGCAUGCCAGCUGAUUGGACAAUGCAGGUAUGAGGAGGCUUUAGAGAAGUUGGACAUUGCAGAGGUGCUAUGUAAAGAGAUGCUGGAGGAUACUGAGGAUAUGACUGAAGACGAAAUGGAAGGAGAACUUGGUGUAAUUCGUGUUCAGCGUGGCUACAUCCUUCAGCUGAAGGGCAAGAAUGAAGAAGCAAUGAAACUAUACAACCAAGUAGUCAAGUCAAGACCUGCUGAUAUCGGUCUGUUUGCUGUAGCAUCAAAUAAUAUUAUUAGUUUGAACAAAGAUCAAAAUGUGUUUGAUUCCAAGAAGAAAAUCAAGUCAACCACAACUCAAGGAUUGGAUAAGAAAAUAACAGCAGUGCAGAAGUCGUGCAUAAAAUUCAAUACUGCUCUUUUACAGCUUUAUACCAAUCAGUAUGAAAACUGUAGAAAACUGCUUCAAACUCUGAAGAAGGAACACCCCGAUAAUGAAACUGUGUUUUUAAUUGAAGCAGCGCUUGCAAUACGUGAAAAGCGCCCUCAAAGGGCCAUUGAGAUAUUAGACAACUACAGUGACAGCCAUCCAGAUUGCUCUAGUCGAGUGAAAUUGACGUCAGCGCAGCUACUGUUGAUGCAAGGCCAUAUGAACCAGGCAUGUGAGACGUUGAAGGGACUCGGUAACGACCGUCAUCGUCCAGGAAUCGUCUCCCUUCUUGUGUCGCUGUACACCAACAUUGAGGAGAGGGACACUGCCAUUGAAAUAUUGGAUGAAGCUGUGGAAUGGUAUCAGUCACAGCGGGGAUCCCAAAAUGAGCUGAACACCUUACUUCGUGCUAACACAGCGUUCAAGAUUAAAAAUGGCUGCUCAGAAUCUGCAAUCAGAAUGCUUGAAGAUUUGAGAAAGACUAACCCUGGUGACAUGCAAACGCUAGCUGAACUUAUUACGGCAUAUUCUAAAGUGGAUCCAAAGAUGGCACAAAAACUAAGCUGUGAUCUUCCGCCUGUUGAGGCUCUCUCUGUGGAUGUUGACGCCCUAGAGAGUAUGCCCUAUUUGAGGAAAGGACUGCGCCAAGAUGUCCAAGAAAAGAAAGAGACGAAGGAAGAAGAAAUUGCUGCAAAAAAGAAGAAAAGAAAAAGAAAGAGAAAACUUCCAAAGAAUUAUGACCCACAAGUGAAUCCAGAUCCUGAAAGGUGGCUCCCAAAACAUGAACGUAGUCAAUAUAAGUUUAAAUCCAAGAAUCGCCAAAAGCAGAAUGUGGGUAAAGGUACUCAGGGUGCUGCUGCCGUUGAUGUAGAGACUAGCAAACCACCAAGUGUACCAAAUUCACCUAGGCCAGGCACAGCUGCUACCAACACUGCACAAGCCUCACCAAGCACAUCUGGACCUAGACAACAAAAACCAGUACAGGCUUCUAAAAAGAAGAAGAAGAAGGCUAAAGGAAAAGGAGGAUGGUGAAUUGUGAUUGAGAAACAAAUAACGAAGAACGAGGGAAAAAAUUGCUACUCAAUAAAUUAUAGAAGUCUCAUUUUAAUCUGUGAUACAUAAUUCACUUACAUUCACCUUAUGGUGGAUUUUUAUAAAUUAACAUCUUUGCUAAAUUUUUGGUCAUCAAAUCCGAUAAUAAACUACAAAAGGAUUUCAGCUCGUAUGAAAUACUUAAUAAUAAUGUAAUACUGGAAAGCAAAAUAUUAAAUGGUAGUAUGGAAAAUAAUGUA